AUGCCUAAUAUUACUAGUGCUUUUUUAAAAGUUAUUUGCAUCUUGGAUAAAAGGAAAAAAGAAAUGGUUUUUCAGUUUAUUAAGGAAAUAGUUUUUCUCUUUAUAAUAAUGCUUGGCAUUCUGGGGAACAUGUCUGUUUCUGUGAACUACAUGUACAGUUUGCAGAGAGGCACUGAGAAGAAACCCAUAUACCUUAUUCUCACCAAUUUGGCUUUUACAAACAUCUUACUCCUUCUUGCAAAAGGAUUGCCAAAGACAAUAGCAGCUUUUGGCUUGAGAAACUUCCUCGAUGACAUAGGCUGUAAGAUUCUCCUUUACUUGGAGAGGGUGGCCCGUGGCCUCUCCAUCUGCACCAGCAGUCUCCUCACUAUGGUCCAGGCCAUCAUCAUCAGUCCCAGAGCAUCUGGGUGGAGGAGGCUCAGACAGCAGUCUGCAUGGCACAUCCUUCUGUUCUUCUCAUUUUUCUGGAUACUCAAUGCUUUAGUAAGUGUGAAUCUAAUCCCUUCCAUCAAAAGUACAAGCCUUAAUACGUCACAGCUUAAGAGUGGCUACAACUAUUGUUAUUUUAUGCUAGAAAGUCAGAAAAUAAAAUGGAUUGUUCUCCCUCUCAUGGUCCUGAGAGAUGCAGUGUUUCAGGGUGCCAUGGGAGGGGCCAGUGGCUACAUGGUAUUUCUCCUCCACAAGCACCACCAGCAUGUCCUCUACCUUCAGAACUCCAAGCUUCUCUACAGAACUCCCCCUGAGCUGAGAGCUGCCCAGAGUGUCCUCCUUCUGAUGCUCUGUUUUGUUUUCUUCUACUGGACAGAUUGUGCCUUUUCUCUUUUUCAAAGUCUUUCUUUAGGGGAUUAUUCGUUGAUGACAAAUAUUCAUGAAUUUCUCACUUUUGGCUAUGCAAUCUUCAGCCCCAUUGUGCUGAUUCACAGAGAUGGACUUCUGGUUAAAUGUUGGCAUGCGCAGUGA